AGGGGUAUUUUUAGGGUUUUUCUGAAUAUAUAAUAUUCUGAAUAUAACAGAACUAUCCAAUGCAAUAAUCAAUUAAAUUUAUUUUUUUCACCUAGCGAAUGACUUAGGACUGGGUGACAUCUAGUGUAAUUAUAUUUUCCUACUCUGCAAUAUUUACCUACUCUGUGGGUAAAUGAAAUUAAAAGGUAAGGGGUAAAAGAAUAUUACUUAUUAUAUUAUUUUGAUUGAAUAUUAUUUUUUAGGGGGAUUUUCAAAUAAUUGACGCAGUUUUAGGGGGUUUUGACUUAGAGUUAGGGGUAAAUAUUUCUGAGAGUUGGUAACACUGUUUACAAAUAAUAAUUGGCUUAAAGGUCUCGUAGCCAGGCCGUUAAUUCUUAAAAAAAAAAUUAUACAAAUAAUAAUAAGUUUAGGGUUUAGGUUAUGUAUGAUAUAUUGUAAUCUUUGGUGUUAAUCUAACACGUAAAUAAAUAAAAUAAAUAAAUGCAUUAAAACUACUACACCAUGCAUUGCAUAGCAGUAAUAAAUAACACAAUUAUUGUAUCUAAGGGAAGUGUCAUUGACUGUUGUAUUAACGCUAAACAUAAUAUAAUUAAUUUACAAGACUCGAUUGGUGCUGAUGAAUAUGUGUGUGAUAUCGCUAUUUCUAAUGAUUCUAAAUAUUUAGCAAUACUAACUUCGGCGAAGAACCUGAUUGUAUAUGAACUAACUGGCCUUCAAUUGAGUAAGUCGUUUAUUUUGCCUAGAAGUGCAAGCAAAAUAAGAUUCGGUGUAGCAAAUACUCACAUAUUUGUAGCAGAUAAAACUGGAGAUGUGUUAUUUUAUGAUUUACUUAGUGAUGAAGGUGGAACGAAACUGUUGGGUCAUCUGAGUCUUCUCCUCAAUGUUUUACAAAGCAAAGAUGGUAACUAUCUGAUAUCAUCAGACAGAGAUGAAAAAAUUCGAGUUUCUAGCUACCCAAACACAUAUAAUAUACAGACAUAUUGCCUGGGCCAUAAAGAAUUUGUUAAUCACAUUGAAUUCUUACCACAUGAUGAUAAAUAUUUAAUAAGUGCUUCGGGAGAUGGGAGCGUAAAAUGUUGGGAUUUCAUAAAAGGCCAUCUCUCAUGUACUAUUGAAACAAAACUUGAUAUUAGUGACCAAACACUGCAAAUGGAAUUUAAGAAGAUAAUGGAUGAAAAUGGCAUAGAAGUAGAUAGCCUUCCAAUUGUGCAUUUAUCAGCAACUAAGUUAAAUGGAUCAACGAGUUUAAUAGCUGUUACAGUUCAUUCUUUAAAUAGUAUACUAAUUUAUAGUUUGGAAACAGCAGAAUGUAAAGUGAAUUAUAAAUUAGUUGAUAAAAUUGUACUAAAUUAUUUUCCUGCCUGCAUACAGUUUUAUAACAUGACCCUUUUCGUUUUUGACAGUAGAUCAAACAGUUUAGCUGAAUUUGAAGUUCUUUAUGAAAAUGACAAAGUAAGCAUUACUAUGUUAAAAACAAUUUCAAUGUUUGAUGAAAAGGAAACAACAACAGUUAUCAAAAGUGAUUUUGAAUAUAUAAAAGUUCUUUUUAAGAGAAAGUUUGACAAUGUACAGGAAUAUCAAGAAAGAAAAAAGAAUAGAAUUGAAAAACUGUCAUGAUUUUAAUUACAAAGAUAAUAGAACCCAGUCUCUUGUAACAAAGUAAUUUUAAUGGUUCUUUUUUCCACUCAAUACCAUAAAAUAUAAUAAAACACUCAAAUGUUGUCAUCCAUCAAUUUAUAACAAUUGUGCUCUUGUUCAAACAGUAAAUCAUAAUGUCCUCAGAUGCAACUAGACACACAAACAAAAAAGACAAAAAAUCUCAUUUCAUUAUGCUUAUUACCUUAAUACUGUAUUGUACAUGUGCUUGAGAUAAAGAUUUAAUAUAUAACACGAUUAUGAUGGUGAUAAAGUACCAUCAUCUAGCAUAACAAAUUCUUACUCCAUUAAGAAAAUGACUUAUAA